UUCAAAGAAGAGCUUGCUUUUAUUAGCAACUCCACAGCCGCUGCUUUCAUAUAUAUAUGGUCACCUGAUAUAUAAUGGAAGGAGCAUCGGCUCGACCUUCUUCGUCUAGGGCGACGGCGAGUGCAGUUCCUCCUUGCUCCUCGCCGCCGCAGGCUUCAUCGCUGCCGGAGAACAACGACUUCCCCAAGAACGUCAUUAUUUUUAUGGAGGCCCUAGAGAAGUUCACUCUUGAGCCUCUUGAGUGGGUGUUGAAGAAUGUUGUCAUGAAGCCUUGUUGCACUCUUUCCAUCAUUGGCAUCUAUCCCUUUCUCACUUUUCUGGAGUCGGCUAAGACAUCUUCCGAAAUAUGGAGUGUGAAUUGUGAAGAUUUACAACAAGGGGAGCGAAGAAGUGAUCCAAAGCACCUCAAAGUCCAAUUCUUGAUGGAUCUAUGCCAAUCCUAUGGGGUUUCGUGUGAGAUUAGAACUGAGAUGUGCCAUCCAGUGAGAAGCAGAAUAAUGGAGAUAAUCACAAGUCUCCAAGCAACAUUGGUGGUCUUUGACAAGCAUCAUGACAGAAAGAACAUAGAAUACUAUGCAGAGAAAGUCCCCUACAGCAUCAUAAUCAUGAAUGAGAAUGGAGAAGUGGACAUGAUAAAGGGAAGAUCCCAAAUUGAUCCCAUAAGUACAGCAGAGGAGUCUCCACAUUCACUUCCACCAACUCCAAGAGUUAAGAUUUCUAGAAAAUGGAAGAAAGUUCUCUGUCCCAUUAGGAGAUUGAAGUUGGGAAUCCUCCAAGGUUGUUGAUCUUAUCAUAAAAAGCUGUCUUUCCUAUACAUAUUUUACUUUUACUCUCUCGAUUAUGUAGUACUUUUACUCACAAUGCUCGACUUUGUCACUUUUCUACUUAACUACUCAAUUGACAAAAAAAGUUUUACUAUUUGUUCUUCAACUUCAAAAACGUCUCUUUUGGAAUUCAAAACAUCCAAAAUGUCCUCACUUUGUGAAAAUUUCAUCAAGACUUUUCAUCCUUAUUGCAUAUGAGGUCGUUUUGGGAUUUUGAACCAAAUGUAGAACGUUUGAAGUGGAAAAAAUCAAAGUCGAGCAAGACAAGUAAAAAUUCUACUAUAAUCGAGAAAUCAAAAGCAAAAUAAAGUUCUCUAAAUAAUGUGGGAGUGGCUAUCCAUCUACAACUUAUGUUGGAAAAGCAGUGUUAUAAGCAGCAUGGAAUGGCAGCAUCAUCAAGAGUCAUUUUCUAUUAUUGUUGUUGUAAUACUUUAUUACAUUGUGUUUGCUGAACCUUAUGUAUAAUGCUUAAACUUUCACAAUGUGAGAAUAAUUUAUGUAAAUCUUAAUGCUUA